AUGGAAAGAGAGCAGCAGGGCAUUCAGUUUCAUCAAGUCCUAGUAGCCCACGGGAGGGUCAAGGAUGAGCCAGAGGUAGAUCAAGGAAAGACACACGACAUUAGACCUAAAGAGGAACAGGACGAAUAUGUGAUGGUUGAUCUCGAUUAUGAUGAGUUGGACCAGGAGACAGAUGAAGAAAAGGGCGUAGAAGAGGUGUGUAGUGAACCUCACCAGUUGGAAGCCCCGUCAAAUUUCCGCAUGUUUCAAGGGGUGGAUACAAAAUACUUAUGCGCCCUCGAGGAGGUAGUUAUCAGCCUGAAGCUUCAACUCAUCAUGGCCAAGGCAAGGGCCACGAAAGCCGAGCGGAAAGUAGCGGUAAUCACCCAAGAGGCGGAUGAACUGGCUGAACUUCUGGUGCGUCACAUCGACGAUUGA